AUGAAUGCCUGGAUCUAUGAAGCCAUUCCUGAGCACAGCCCGCAGCCCGCGGCCAACGGACAUGCUGAGACUAUCAUGGACUUCUCGGAGUACCUUCUGACACUCACCCCAGAAAUGGACGAUCAUAUCCCAGUCCUCCGCAAGAAGCCUCUCAAAUACACCUCGACGAAGCAGUACGGCUACUACGUGGUCAUAGCCCUCAGCAAGAACUUUCUCACCUCGCACGGCCGCCCGAUCAAAUCCCCCAGCCUCGUGGGAAGCCAUGUUAAUGGCUCACUUCCACAAUGGUCGUACGGAGAUCUCCCAGGGUGUUCUGGUGACAGUCGCACAUUUCUGCGCUUCCGCGAUGGAUGA